AUGUACAGAAUUUUUUCAUUUUUUUUUUUUUUUUGGGUUUCUGUUUUAUUUAUUUUAGGAGUGGAAGAUGUUAUGACGGAUUAUAGAAAUAGUAGGGUGGUUGUGAAAGGUGAAAAGGCCGAUCCAAUUAAGGUUCUUGAGAGGGUUCAGAGGAAGAGCCACAGGCAAGUGGAUCUUCUCUUUCCAAUACCGCCACCGCCACCGCCACCGCCACCGCCGGUGGCUGAAGAGCCAAAGAAACCUGAAGAAAAUAAGGAAGUCAAAAGUGAAGAGAAAAUAGAGCCUCCCGUUAUUUCAGUUGUGUUAAGAGUCUACAUGCAUUGUGAGGCUUGUGCUCAAGAAAUCAGAAAGCGGAUUCAGAGAAUGAAAGGAGUGGAAAGUGCAGAGCCAAACCUAAAGCACUCAGAAGUGACAGUAAAAGGGGCUAUUGAACCGGAGAAGCUCGUCGAUUACGUAUACAAGAGGACCGGAAAACACGCUGCGAUCGUGAAGGUUGAGCUGGAGAAAAAAGAGGAGGAAAAAGGGAAAGACGAUAAAGAAGAGAAGAAACCGGCCGAGGAAGGCGAAGAAGGUGGCAAAGAGAACAAAGAAGAGGGCGGAGGCGGUGACGAACCACCAGUCAAACAAGAUGCAGAAGUUGAGGAUCCCAAAAUGGACUUGAAAAAGAAUGAGUUCUACCAAUACUACCCUCAGAACUAUCCAGUUUAUCCACAGAGGAUUGUUCAAGACAUGUAUUCAUAUCCUCCACAGAUCUUCAGUGAUGAGAAUCCAAAUGCAUGUUCUAUUAUGUAAAUGUUGGAGAAGGUGAGGGGUAAAAUAGGGAAUACAUGUGGUGGGGGUAACUGUCCUAUGGCCAUUUCUCUCUAGACAUCUCGUUGUUCUCUUCAUGUGGCGUUGUCUGGGGUCUCGCAAUAUAGCCAUAAAUCUACAGAUAAGCUAUGGAAUUUUGCGAUGCUUCCGCACCUUUUAGUUUUUGUUUAUUGUAAUAUUUGUCACAUAUUAUGAAUAAUAAAUAAUAUUAGAAUACUAACAUAUGGAUCA